AUGUCUUCUGUGAUCGGCUCGCUGCUCGAGCCCAUCGGAUCCUUCUCAACUUUCAACCAAGUGCUCAUCUACUUGGUGCUAGCCGUUGUCUCGAUCAUCUCGAUCAACAUCUUCGACCAAUUGGCUAUUCCCAAAGAUCCGACGGCUCCACCAGUGGUGUUUCAUUUGUUUCCGUUCAUUGGCUCGGCCGUGUCCUACGGAAUCGACCCCUACGCUUUCUUGGAAUCAUGCAGGAAGAAGUAUGGGAAUGUGUUCACCUUCGUCCUCUUGAACAAGAAAGUCACCGUCGCUCUCGGUCUCGAAGGAAACGCACUGGUCCUCAACGGAAAACUAUCUCAAGUUAAUGCUGAAGAAGCUUACACAGCACUCACGACCCCUGUAUUCGGAACUGAUGUUGUCUAUGAUGUCCCCAACGCAAUCUUGAUGCAACAAAAGAAAUUCGUCAAGUCUGGGUUGACUAACGAAAACUUUCGGAAAUACGUAUCACUGAUUGCGGAGGAGACGAUAAGCUAUCUUGAAGAUCAUGUAUUUGAGAACCCCAAAACGCAACAGACUGUGAAAGAUACCUUCAAAGUGGCUUCUGAGAUUACUAUCUGCACGGCCUCAGCCACCCUCCAAGGGCCCGAAGUCCGAGAAGCUCUCAACAAAUCAUUCGCCCAGUUAUACCAUGACUUAGAUGGCGGUUUUACCCCUUUGCAUUUCGCUUUCCCCAACUUGCCCUUACCAUCAUAUCGGCGUCGAGACCGGGCGCAACUGGCGAUGCGAAACUUCUAUAUGAACAUCAUCAAGAAGAGACGAGAAGAUGACAGAGAGGGCCAGCUUGGAGACAUGAUCGAUAGCUUACAGGGCCAAACGUACAAGGAUGGCCGCCCUUUGAACGAUAAAGAGAUCGCCCACAUUAUGAUUGCCCUUCUGAUGGCCGGCCAACACACCAGUGCUGCUACUGGCUCCUGGCUACUCCUGCAUCUCGCUUCUCGUCCCGACAUCGUCGCUGAAUUGAGACAGGAGCAGAUCGACUUGUUUGGCAAACCGGGCCAAACUGACGAUCAAGAACUCGACCCUCUAGACCUUGAACGUGUCCAGAGUCCCUUAAUGAUUGCAUGCAUCAAGGAAGUCCUCAGGCUUCAUCCCCCAAUCCAUUCUAUCAUGCGAAAGGUUAAAUCGCCUAUCACCGUGCCGAGGACUUUGGCGUCACGCAACGAGGAUACACCAUACAUAAUCCCUUCAAGCAACUUUGUCUUGGCAGCGCCGGGAACAGCCCAGCUCGACGGAUCGAUCUGGAGCUCGCCCCACGAGUUCGACCCGAGCCGAUGGCUGAAGCUCCAGUCUCCUUUCAAGGCCGGAGAGACGCAGGAAGAGAUGGUCGAUUACGGCUUCGGGAUGAUCAGCAGUGGGGCUAAUUCGCCCUUCCUGCCCUUCGGCGCCGGCCGUCAUCGCUGUAUCGGUGAACAGUUCGCUUACAUCCAGCUGUCUACUUUCGCCGCUACCGUCAUCAGGAACUGCGAUCUCGAAUUAACUGCCCCUGAGUUCCCUAAACCUGAUUAUACCACCAUGUUGGUUUGUCCUCUGAAACCAAGGGACAUCAAAUUUACUCGAAGAAACCAUCUCUGA